UAUUUAUUGCUAAAAUGUUUUGUAAUAUUUUAUUUUUGCUCUAAUUCAUUGAAUCUAAAAUUGUUCUUUAUGCAAUAACAGUGCUAACGACUUUUAAAAGUCAUUUAAAAGAAGCUUUGAAAAUAUUUAUUCUAUUGCAUCAGGUUUACCAUAAAAAUAGGAACAUCCCGCUUGAAAUUACAUAAACAUGGCAGCCCCCACGAGUGUGCGGACACUUACUAAAUUAACUCGUUUUUCUAGAACUGUCUUAUUCAGCAGGGCGCAAAAAAGACAAGGUUUAUAUUCAUUUUCAACUACUGUAUCAGAGAACAAAGUAGGGUCAGAUAAUCCUAAAUCUGUCCCAGAUCCUGAGAAGAAAGGUGAAGAAGAGAGUACUAGUAAAAAAACUGAGACCCCAACUGGACCCUCUGAGCUUGAAGAAAAAUUAACCAAAGAAAAUGAAAAGCUGCAAAAAGAUUUCAAAGAAAUGAAGGAUAAAUACAUGCGUGCACUGGCAGAAACAGAAAAUGUUCGUACUAGAAUGAAGAAACAGGUGGAAGAGACAAAAGUGUUUGGAAUUCAAGGUUUCUGUAAAGACCUCUUAGAUGUAGCGGAUAUCUUGAAUCAAGCUAUGGACACUGUACCUAAAGAAGAAUUAGACAGAAAUCAGCAUCUAAAGUCACUCUUUGAUGGACUUUCUAUGACCAAUAAACAAAUGAUUAAAGUUUUUGGAAAGCAUGGACUUGUGAAGAUAGAACCUGCUAUUGGGGAUAAGUUUGAUCCCUUCUUUCAUGAGGCACUUUUCCAGGUGCCAGCACAGGGUGAGAGUAAAGCGGACACAAUUGCAGAUGUUCAGAAAACUGGCUAUAAACUGCAUGAAAGGACUCUAAGACCAGCCCUUGUAGGCGUAUUUAAAUCCUGAUUAGGAGAUAAAGUAUAAAUCUAGAGAAGAAGAAAAAAUGAGGAACAAAAAAAUAGAUUUAUCAAGAACAGAUGCUUUUCAGAAUUCUGUAACAUCUUAUUGUUUUGCACAGUAGAUAAGAAUUUGAUUGAAAGAUCUAUGUCAUAUUUAGAAUGUUACAGUGCAGAAAAAAAUAGGUUUCUAUUGUAAUGAUCAAAGAAUAAUGUAAGUUAUUGGAUAUUCCUUUUUAUGUAAUUUUGAGAACAGGAAAUUGAUAUACGAGGUAGAUGUUGAAUUGACUUAAAUUUCCCAUUGUAAAAUGAAAUGGUGUAUGUGCUUACAAAUGAGGUGCAUUCCAAAACUAAAGAAUUGCCAAUAACAGUUUUUAUACCAAGAAAGAUUAUUUUUUUGGUCAUUUUUUCUUAACAUUUGCAAGCAAAGGAACAUACUGUAAAAAGUAUCAGAUGUUACAUCGAAGUAAUAUCUGGCAUUUACGAAAGAAGAAUUCAUAGUUUUGAUUACAAUUUAGUAUUUAUUUUGUAAUAGGCCUGAAGAGUAACACAUGAUUUAUAUAGGGCCCAUGGUUAGGAAAGUUAAAAGUCUGAAACUUGGGCUUUAAAAUGCUAUAUUUUCAUCUUGCUCUGGCUGUGUCAAAUGUGCAUGGAUGGCAGAAUUUUGUUUCUGAAAACUUUCAGGAAUCUUCAUCUUGUAACUAAUAAUGGCUCAGAAAAAUUUCAUCAGUAUGAAUACUAUGACUGCUAUUAGCAGUCGGGUGUAACUGUUUCAAGUUAUCGCAGUUUAUAACCCAUUUGAGUUAUUGCUUAUAUUUUCAUAACUUGUUUCAGUUAUCAUAAAAUAUUACAAAGCCCUCCUGUGCCAAUUCCUCAUUUUGAAUGUGACUAAUGCAAUUAUUUCCUGAAUCCUUGAAUUCUUAUCUUUUCAGCUAUGCAGUAAGAUUUUUUACGCAAGGCUGAUAAAUAUUUAUGCAAAAGGUUUAAAGCUAUAAAUAUGUGUAUAUUUUCUAAGCAGGUACAUCAAUAUUUGUAUAGUCCAGCUAUUUUUCAUAUCAAACCAAUGUAUUUUGUUAAUGACUGAAAAUCAUUAAUGAAAUGCUAGUAAUGCUGAUUUUUUUGUCAGUGAAAUCUAGUCAUUCAUAUGAUCGUGUGCUUGCUGAAUUUGGACUUCACAGUUAAUUGUUUUAGAAAUAAGAUUUCAAAAUCACUGCAUUUUAGUAAAUUCAAGUAGUACAUAAUUGUGAAUUACAUGUAGUAAUGCCUAUGACAUAUAACCAAGGUAACAAAGAUGAGGUGUUUUGUAUUAGUUUUCAUUCCGGUGAGGAUAUAUUGUGUAUAUACAGGAAAUGAUUAUUUUUUCUCUGAAUUACAACAACUCUUGAAAUAUGUAAUGGUUUUUGGUAACUUAAGAGAAAACAGAUUUGCAUGUAUUUUAGUGCUGAAUAAUACAAGUUUGAUUAUAUUGUAAUAAAUGAUUGUAACAUCCAA